UAGAGAGAGAGAGAGAUCAAGCAGAGGUGAUGGAGAAUAUUCUAAAGAUAUCUGUUCCCCCAGCCUUAUAAAUUAAAACAUGCUGCACUCUGAAAUGUUGUGCCUGCAGGCUGCAAACCUCUGAUGAGCAGAAUAUCAGGAUCCUAAUCUUCACUCACUGCCAUGAGCUGGAAUCUUCCUCCCAUCAGCAAUUUACUAUGCAUGAACAUUCCUGGUAAGUAAAGGCUGCAGGAUGAAAAGAUGGCACAGCUAUGGAUUGUACCUCCAGGGCCAGACAGCUUCCGUUACUUUACCAGGGAAUCUCUUAAAGCUAUUGAGAAGCGAAUUACAGAGGAAAAAGAAAAUAAUGCAAAACAAGAACAAAAAGAUGGGGAGGAAAAUGGUCCAAAACCAAACAGAGACUUGGAAGCUGGGAAAUCAUUACCAUUUAUAUUUGGAGACAUUCCACGUGGGAUGGUAUCUGAACCACUGGAGGAUUUGGACCCAUAUUAUGCUAAUCAAAAGACUUUUAUAGUAUUGAAUAGAGGGAAGACUUUAUUCCGAUUCAGUGCCACAUCUGCCUUGUACAUGUUAACGCCUUUCAAUCCUUUGCGCCAAGCAGCUAUAAAAAUUCUGGUUCAUUCAUUAUUCAGCAUGCUCAUAAUGUGCACUAUACUGACCAACUGCGUAUUUAUGACCAUGAGUAACCCCCCAGACUGGGCCAAGAAUGUAGAGUACACAUUCACUGGGAUUUAUACAUUAGAGUCACUCAUAAAGAUCCUUGCAAGGGGAUUCUGUUUAGAGAAAUUUACUUUUCUACGUGACCCCUGGAAUUGGCUUGAUUUCAGUGUGAUUUUGUUGGCGUAUGUAACAGAAUUUGUAAACCUAGGCAAUGUUUCGGCUCUUCGAACUUUCAGAGUAUUGAGAGCUUUGAAAACUAUUUCAGUAAUUCCAGGUCUGAAAACUAUUGUGGGUGCGCUGAUUCAGUCGGUUAAGAAGCUUUCAGAUGUCAUGAUUCUCACAGUGUUUUGUCUCAGUGUGUUUGCGCUAAUAGGGCUACAACUUUUCAUGGGACACCUAAGGAAUAAGUGUUUGUUGUGGCCUUACAACACUUCUGUAGAUAUAAGUUUAUAUGAGCAUAUCAAUGAAAGUUUGUUUUAUAAAUUAGAAAAUCAAAAAGACCCUUUGCUUUGUGGUAAUAGCUCAGAUGCUGGUAAGUGCCCUGAAGGGUACAUCUGUGUGAAAGCUGGAAGGAAUCCCAAUUAUGGCUAUACAAGCUUUGAUACAUUUAACUGGGCUUUCUUAUCACUGUUUCGACUGAUGACUCAAGACUGUUGGGAAAAUCUUUAUCAGCUGACACUGCGAGCUUCUGGAAAAACCUACAUGAUCUUUUUUGUGCUGGUGAUCUUUCUGGGUUCUUUCUACUUGGUAAACUUGAUUUUAGCUGUGGUGGCCAUGGCUUAUGAAGAGCAGAAUCAGGCAACCUUAGAAGAAGCUGAGCAGAAAGAGGCAGAAUUUCAACAAUUAAAAAAACAGCAAGAAGAAGCUCAGGCAUUGGCAGCAGCAGUUGCAGAUGUUUUUGAUGAGUCUCAAGAACUAAGUGGGGAAGCUGGUCUGGAAGAAGCUUCUGAGUGCUCCUCUACUAUAUCAAAGCUGAGCUCUAAGAGUGCUAAAGAGCGGAGGAACUGGAGGAAGCACAGAAAUCAGGUAGAGCAUUGUGAAGGAAAAGAGAAAGGGGAUAAGGAAAAAUGUUUCAAAUCUGGAUCUGAAGACAGUAUGAAAAAGAGAGGGUUCCAUUUUACCAGGGAAGGGAGACGGUUAGAGAACUACAGAAAGUCCUCAAUGCCCCACCAGUCACUCCUGAGUAUCCAAGGCCCCUUGUUUUCCCCAAGGCGAAACAGCAAAACAAGCAUCUUCAGCUUUAAAGAUCGGACAAAGGAUGCAGGGUCAGAAAAUGAUUUUGCUGAUGAUGAACACAGCACUUUUGAAGAGGAUAGCAGAAGGGAUAACAGUAAUAUUAGUCAAACUAGCAGAUCAUCUAGGAUUUUGCCUUUGCUGUCAAAAAAUGGCAAAAUGCACAGCGCAGUGGACUGCAAUGGAGUAGUCUCCCUGGUGGGUGGAUCAAGUGCUCCUAUUGGACUCUUUCCAGAGGGCACCACAACAGAGACAGACAGAAAAAGAAGGCCGAGCUCCUACAAGAUCUCUAUGGAUUUAAUGGAAGAUGCUUCAUUAAGACAAAGAGCCCUGAGUAUAGCUAGCAUACUAACAAACACAAUGGAAGAGCUACAAGAAUCCCGGCGUAAAUGUCCUCCAUGUUGGUAUAAGUUUGCUACUUGUUUCUUGAUCUGGAACUGCAGUGAAACUUGGUUGAAAAUCAAGAGGAUUGUUAAAUUGAUUGUGAUGGACCCCUUUGUAGAUCUUGCUAUCACAAUCUCUAUUGUUCUAAACACAAUAUUCAUGGCUAUGGAACAUGCCCAUAUGACUCCACAAUUCAUUCAUGUGCUCUACAUUGGAAAUCUGGUUUUCACUGGAAUAUUUACAGCUGAAUUGGUUUUUAAGCUCAUUGCCCUGGACCCAUACUACUAUUUCCAAGAGGGUUGGAAUAUUUUUGAUUGUUUCAUUGUGAGCCUUAGUUUAAUGGAACUUGGACUUUCCAGCAGUGGCGGAUUUUCAGUUCUUCGCUCUUUCAGACUGCUCCGUGUUUUCAAGUUGGCAAAAUCUUGGCCUACACUAAAUCAGCUGAUAAAGAUAAUUGGCAAUUCUGUAGGAGCUCUGGGAAACCUGACUCUGGUGUUGGCUAUCAUUGUCUUUAUUUUUGCUGUGGUUGGGAUGCAGCUGUUUGGUAAAAGUUACAAGGAAUGUGUCUGCAAAAUUGCAGAAAACUGUGAACUUCCUCGCUGGCACAUGAACGACUUCUUUCAUUCCUUCCUUAUUGUGUUUCGAGUGCUAUGUGGGGAAUGGAUUGAAACCAUGUGGGACUGUAUGGAGGUUGCAGGACAAACCAUGUGUCUCAUUGUAUUUAUGUUGGUAAUGGUGAUUGGAAAUUUAGUGGUGCUGAAUUUGUUCUUAGCCCUGCUCCUCAGCUCUUUUAGCUCAGACAAUUUAUCUGCAACUGAUGAAGACAGUGACAUGAACAAUCUUCAGAUUGCAGUAGGCAGGAUACAGAGGGGAGCAGCUAAUGUUAAACAAAGUUUGCAUGAAUUUUUUGAAAAAAUAUUCCUCCAAAAACAAAAAGAUAUUAAUGAAACAAAACAGCUUGAAGAAACUCAUGAAAAGAAUGACAUUUGUGUACUUGGAAAUGCAGUGGUGGAAAUAGCAAAAGAAAAGGAUUAUGUUAGAGAUGGAAUGACAAGUGGGACCAGGAGCAGUGUGGAGAAACAUGCAGAAAAUGAGAAGGAAUACAUGACAGUUUUCAACAAAGCUUUUCUCACUGUAGCUGUGCCUAUUGCUCCCGGGGAAUCAGAUUUUGAAAACCCAAAUACUGAAGAAUUCAGCAGUGAAUCUGAUCCAGAGGAAACAAAAGAGCAGAUAAAGCUUUCUAGCUCUUCUGAAGGGAGUACAAUCAAUAUUAGAGCUUCAGGAGUGGAAGGAAUAGAAGAGCUCUUAGACUAUGAGUAUGAGGAGACAUUUGAUCCAGAGCCAUGUUUUACAGAUGAUUGUGCUGCAAAGUUCACAUGUUGCCAGGUCAGCAUAGAGGAUGGAACUGGAAGAGACUGGUGGAAUCUCAGAAAAACCUGUAAUACCAUUGUUGAGCACAGUUGGUUUGAAUCAUUUAUUAUACUUAUGAUACUUCUCAGCAGUGGUGCACUGGCAUUUGAAGACAUAUACAUUGAACAACGGAAAAAUGUGAAAGCAGUACUGGAAUAUGCAGACAAGGUCUUUGCCUACAUCUUUAUUAUGGAAAUGCUUCUGAAAUGGGUGGCAUACGGCUUCAUAAAGUAUUUCACCAAUGCAUGGUGCUGGCUUGAUUUCCUAAUUGUAGAUAUUUCCUUGGUUAGCCUUGUAGCCAAUGCCUUGGGCUACUCAGAGUUAGGUGCCAUUAAGUCGCUUAGGACACUAAGAGCCUUGAGACCCCUGAGAGCCCUCUCACGGUUUGAAGGGAUGAGGGUGGUUGUAAACGCUCUGAUUGGAGCUAUUCCAUCCAUUAUGAAUGUGCUUCUCGUUUGCCUUAUAUUCUGGCUGAUCUUCAGCAUCAUGGGAGUAAAUUUAUUUGCUGGCAAGUUCUACCACUGUAUCAAUACUACAAGUGGUGCUAUGUUCCCUGUCACAGAGGUUAACAAUUACUCUGAAUGCUUCAUGUUCAUUAAUACCACUGGGGUUGGCAGAUGGAAAAAUGUUAAAGUGAACUUCGACAAUGUGGGUUCUGGAUAUCUUGCCUUGCUUCAAGUGGCUACCUUUAAAGGAUGGAUGCCUAUCAUGUAUGCAGCAGUGGAUUCGAGAGAGAUAAAUGAACAACCCGUAUAUGAACACAAUACAAUUAUGUACUUAUAUUUUGUAACCUUUAUCAUAUUUGGGUCAUUCUUCACUUUAAAUCUCUUCAUUGGUGUCAUUAUUGAUAACUUCAACCAACAGAAGAAGAAGCUAGGGGGUCAAGAUAUCUUUAUGACAGAGGAACAAAAAAAGUAUUAUAAUGCUAUGAAAAAACUGGGCUCCAAAAAGCCUCAGAAACCAAUUCCAAGGCCUGCGAAUUUUUGCCAGGGAUUGAUCUUUGAUAUUGUAACAAAGCAAGCAUUUGACAUCACCAUCAUGAUCCUCAUCUUUCUCAACAUGGUAACAAUGAUGAUUGAAACAGAUGACCAGAGUCAAGAGAUGGAAACUUACUUAUACAGGAUCAAUGUAGUCUUCAUCAUCCUUUUCACAGGAGAAUUUCUCCUUAAACUAAUCUCCUUGCGUCAGUAUUAUUUUACUAUUGGCUGGAACAUUUUUGACCUAGUUGUUGUCAUCCUUUCUAUAGUAGGUAUGUUUCUGGCAGACAUGAUUGAAAAUUUUGUUUCCCCAGCAUUAUUCAGAGUCAUAAGACUUGCCAGGAUUGGGAGAAUCUUACGUCUCAUUAAAGGGGCAAAGGGGAUACGUACUCUGCUUUUUGCAUUGAUGAUGUCACUGCCUGCUUUAUUCAACAUUGGGCUUCUGCUCUUUCUAGUGAUGUUUAUAUUUGCCAUCUUUGGAAUGUCCAAUUUUGCUUAUGUGAAAAAGGAGUCUGGAAUUGAUGACAUGUUCAACUUUGAAACCUUUGGCAACAGCAUGAUCUGUUUGUUCCAAAUCACAACAUCUGCUGGUUGGGAUCUUUUGUUAGAACCAAUUCUUAAUAGUGGGGAGCCAGACUGUGACCCAAAUUCUGAACACCCAGGAAGCAUUGUUAGAGGCAAUUGUGGAAAUCCGUCUGUUGGGAUAUUCUUUUUUGUUAGUUAUAUUAUUAUAUCAUUUCUUAUUGUGGUAAAUAUGUACAUAGCUGUCAUUCUUGAAAACUUUAGUGUUGCUACUGAAGAGAGUGCAGAGCCAUUGGGAGAAGAUGAUUUUGAAAUGUUCUAUGAAGUUUGGGAAAAAUUUGACCCAUCUGCUUCACAGUUUAUCGAGUACAGUAAGUUGUCUGUUUUUGCAGAUGCACUUGACCCACCUCUUCGUGUACCAAAGCCAAAUAAUAUACAACUUAUUGCAAUGGAUCUUCCCAUGGUAAGCGGUGACAGAAUACACUGUCUUGACAUACUAUUUGCCUUUACAAAACGUGUCUUGGGUGAAGGAGGAGAAAUGGAUUCUCUUCGUCAACCAAUGGAAGAACGUUUCAUGACAUCAAAUCCAUCAAAAGUCCCUUACGAACCAAUUACAACCACCUUGCGACGUAAGCAAGAGGAGCAGUCUGCUAUAAUAAUCCAGCGUUGUUACCGUCGUUUCAGGUUGAAAAAGAGGAAAGCAUCUCAGACUUACAAGGGAAAUACUAAUAAACAAGUUAAUAUCCAUUUCCAGAAAGAAAACAUUUUUAAUAAAAUUCAAGAGCGUUACACCACAGAAAUAUCAGAUACAUCCACCUCAACGACUUCUCCACCUUCCUAUGACAGUGUAGAGAAGACACAACAAGAAAAAUGUGAAAAAGACAUUGUUGAAAAAGAAGAUCUCACUAAAGACCCAAAAUGAUGUACAUUGUGUUGACAAUACUAAUUGACAAUAUUAAUGUAAUACAUAGUUUACAGCCUCUAAAGGAGACCUACAAUGCAUUCAUUCUCAACACUGAGAACUAUGCCAAACUGACUAUGUAUGAUGUAUGUUAGUGCCUAAGACGCCAUCUAAAAAGUAUUCUCUAUAAGAGAAGGACAGAUAUGUGAGCUUGCUGAAGGCUACAAUUGCCAGAUGCCAUAUGAUAAAAGUGUUAAAGGGAUCAAAAAUAUUUAUUCUGCAUGGGCACUGAAGGGCAGAUGGUUAUGCAUCAUUCAGAAUAAUCAGUCAAUUCAUUUUCAGAUCAUAGCCCAAAUACAGUGAAUUUAGUUAAAAUAUCAAUGCUAGCUUUUGCAAGAAAGAAUAAUCUAGGUUGCUAUUAUAAAAAUGGUAAAAUAUAUAUAACAUUUUUGGGAAGUUCUAGAUUUAAAAUAGCUUUCUGACUUUUCUUGGUUGAAGACCAAAAAACAGAUAACUGUUUAGUAGUUCACUUACCAGGCCAUAUUCAGAUAAAUAAUGCUAGUUGGACAUUGCAUCAAUAAAAAGGUAAAAGUCUUAAAACAAGUAGUAACUAUUUACAAUGGACUGCUAGAUUAUGGCAUAUGCCAUUGAUUGGCAUAC